ACUGCCCGCGGCGCCUCCUCCUAGAGCCGCACCUGGAGGCAGCGCGAGCGUCGAAGAGGCAGCGGCUGGGGAGCGCGGCGGGGCGGCUCCGCCCAGGGCAGCCCGGGCUGGGCCAAGGAGCGAGCUCUCCCUUCUCCAGCUCUCAGCCCCAGUGAUCAAGGUUUCAGUGAACUUCACUGGAGCUCCCAGCGGGGGAUCUUGUCCCCUGUCCUGACUUUUGUGCUGCACAUUGGAUCUGGUAACACUCAGGAAAUGCUUGUCUCCUGCUAUUAAUGAAUGAUUUCAGAGUACUAUGGAUCAUGCUGAAGAAAAUGAAAUCCCUGCAGCAACCCAGAGGUACUAUGUGGAAAGGCCUAUCUUUAGUCAUCCGGUCCUCCAGGAAAGACUACACACUAAGGACAAGGUUCCAGAUUCCAUUGCGGAUAAGCUGAAACAGGCAUUCACAUGUACUCCUAAAAAAAUAAGAAAUAUCAUUUAUAUGUUCCUACCCAUAACUAAAUGGCUGCCAGCAUACAAAUUCAAGGAAUAUGUGUUGGGUGACUUGGUCUCAGGCAUAAGCACAGGGGUGCUUCAGCUUCCUCAAGGCUUAGCGUUUGCAAUGCUGGCAGCUGUGCCUCCGAUAUUUGGCCUGUACUCUUCAUUUUAUCCCGUUAUCAUGUAUUGUUUUUUUGGAACCUCCAGACACAUAUCAAUAGGUCCUUUUGCUGUUAUUAGCCUGAUGAUUGGUGGUGUGGCUGUUCGAUUAGUACCAGAUGAUAUAGUCAUUCCAGGAGGAGUAAAUGCAACCAAUGGCACAGAGGCCAGAGAUGCCUUGAGAGUGAAAGUCGCUAUGUCUGUGACCUUACUUUCAGGAAUCAUUCAGUUUUGCCUAGGUGUCUGUAGGUUUGGAUUUGUGGCCAUAUAUCUCACAGAGCCUCUGGUCCGAGGGUUUACCACUGCAGCAGCUGUGCAUGUCUUCACCUCCAUGUUAAAAUAUCUGUUUGGAGUUAAAACAAAGCGGUACAGUGGAAUCUUUUCAGUGGUGUAUAGUACAGUUGCUGUGUUGCAGAAUGUUAAAAACCUCAACGUGUGUUCCCUAGGCGUCGGGCUGAUGGUUUUUGGUUUGCUGUUGGGUGGCAAGGAGUUUAAUGAGAGAUUUAAAGAGAAAUUGCCGGCGCCUAUUCCUUUAGAGUUCUUUGCGGUGGUAAUGGGAACUGGCAUUUCAGCUGGGUUUAACUUGAAAGAAUCAUACAAUGUGGAUGUCGUUGGAACACUUCCUCUAGGGCUGCUACCUCCAGCCAAUCCGGACACCAGCCUCUUCCACCUUGUGUACGUAGAUGCCAUUGCCAUAGCCAUCGUUGGAUUUUCAGUGACCAUCUCCAUGGCCAAGACCUUAGCAAAUAAACAUGGCUACCAGGUUGACGGCAAUCAGGAGCUCAUUGCCCUGGGACUGUGCAAUUCCAUUGGCUCACUCUUCCAGACCUUUUCAAUUUCAUGCUCCUUGUCUCGAAGCCUUGUUCAGGAGGGAACUGGUGGGAAGACACAGCUUGCAGGUUGUUUGGCCUCAUUAAUGAUUCUGCUGGUCAUAUUAGCAACUGGAUUCCUCUUUGAAUCAUUGCCCCAGGCUGUGCUGUCCGCCAUUGUGAUUGUCAACCUGAAAGGAAUGUUUAUGCAGUUCUCAGAUCUCCCCUUUUUCUGGAGAACCAGCAAAAUAGAGCUGACCAUCUGGCUUACCACUUUUGUGUCCUCCUUGUUCCUGGGAUUGGACUAUGGUUUGAUCACCGCUGUGAUCAUUGCUCUGCUGACUGUGAUUUACAGAACACAGAGUCCGAGCUACAAAGUCCUUGGACAGCUUCCUGAAACGGAUGUGUAUAUUGAUAUAGGCGCAUAUGAGGAGGUGAAAGAAAUUCCUGGAAUAAAAAUAUUUCAAAUAAAUGCACCAAUUUACUAUGCAAAUAGUGACUUGUAUAGCAAUGCAUUAAAACGAAAGACUGGAGUGAACCCAGCAGUCAUCAUGGGAGCAAGGAGAAAGGCCAUGCGGAAGUAUGCUAAGGAAGUCGGAAAUGCAAAUAUGGCCAACGCGACUGUUGUCAAAGCGGAUGCAGAAGUAGAUGGAGAAGAUGCUACCAAGCUGGAAGAAGAGGAUGGUGAAGUAAAAUAUCCCCCAAUAGUGAUCAAAAGCACAUUUCCUGAAGAAAUGCAAAGAUUUAUGCCCCCAGGGGAUAACAUCCACACUGUCAUUUUGGAUUUCACUCAAGUCAAUUUUAUUGAUUCUGUUGGAGUGAAAACUCUGGCAGGGAUUGUAAAAGAAUAUGGAGACGUUGGUAUAUAUGUAUACUUGGCAGGAUGCAGUGCACAAGUUGUGAAUGACCUCACUCGGAAUCGAUUUUUUGAAAAUCCUGCCCUGUGGGAGCUGCUGUUCCACAGCAUUCAUGAUGCGGUUUUAGGCAGCCAACGAAGAGAGGCACUUGCGGAACAGGAAGCCUCGGCUCCCCCUCCCCAGGAGGACUUGGAGCCCAAUGCCACUCCUGCCACUCCUGAGGCAUAGAUGAGGACCUCACCCUAGGAUGGGGUUAUAAGCCUCUUGUGAAGUUCAUAAUUUACACGUUUUAGAUACUAGACACUAGAUUUUUUUUUUUCUGAGGGUAAAUACUAGUAGUCGAGGCUUGAUUUGGAGGGUGAAUGACGCCUAGCAAGAUGUAUCGUACUUGUGUUUUUUUAAUUGAAUAUUUCAAAGAUAAA